AUGUCUGUUACAGGCAUUAAAGUAAAUUAUGAGAAGUUACACUUAAAUCAGGGCAUUGAGAAGGAGAAAACUAUAAGAGAUGAUAGUUAUUUUUCUUCAGCAUAUUCCAUGAAAAAAAUACAGAUUGGCAUUUGUUUGCUUCUGGUGGAACUGUGUGACAGAUUCACUUUCUUUGAAGUCGUCUGCAAUAUGAUUCCCUUUUGCACCAUCAAGCUUGGUUAUCGCAACUACCAGGCAGCCAUUUUGAAUUUAUGUUUUAUUGGAACUUCACUUCUUGCCCCUGUGUUUGUAGGGUGGCUUGCUGAUAUCUGUCUAGGAAGGAACAAACUGGUCUACAUUUGCUUAUUUCUACAUUUAUUAGGUACUGCUUUGUUAUCUGUGCUGGCUUUUCCCUCAGAAGAUUUCUAUAUGGGCUCUUACUAUGUGAUUAACAUGAUAACAAAGAAGGAGCAGAAGAGCCUGUUCUACAUAGCACUGUUGGCCAUCUGCCUUGGCACAGGUGGAGUAAGAGCCAUCAUUUGUCCACUGGGUGCAUAUGGCCUCCAGGAGUAUGGAUCAAAAAAACAACUGUCAUUUUUUAACUGGUUUUAUUGGCUCAUGAACCUAAAUGCAACGGUUGUCUUUCUGGGAAUAUCUUACAUCCAGUACUCAGGAAGUUGGACCCUCAUUUUAUUUAUUCCUUUUAUGUCUACACUUAUGGCUCUGAUAACUCUUCAUAUGAUGUACUCUAAAGUGAUUCAUCAGCCGGAAAAAUGUUGUUCCCUCUUGACAAUCUUUGGGGUGUUGGUUAAUGCACUGAAAAGGUGCUGCCUGCGAUCUCAUCUUGGCAGAGAUGUGACAAGCUGGUUAGACCAUGCCAAAAAAAGAAAUGGUGGCUGCUACAAUGAGUACCAUGUGGAAGAUGCAAAAAUUUUCCUCACACUUCUCCCUCUCUUCAUUUUUCAACUCCUAUAUAGGCUGUGCAUUAUUCAGAUUCCUUCCGGAUAUUAUCUGCAGACUAUGAAUUCCAACCUGAAUUUGAAUGGAUUUCUUCUCCCAAUUGCAGUAAUGAAUGUGAUCAGCAUCUUACCAUUAUUAAUCCUGACUCCUUUUAUGGAAUAUUUCAGCACCUGCAUGUUUCCUUCUAAGAGAGAUGGACCAUUUCUGUUGGCAUGCAUUAUUGCUGGAAUUCUUUCUGCUGCAUUGUCUAUGAUGGUAGCUGGCUUCUUUGAAAUACACAGGAAAGACCUCCCUCCAAUGGAGCAAACUCUUUCAGGCAAAGUUCUCAUCGUUUCCUCCAUGCCCUGCUCCCACCUGGUUCUCCAGUAUAUUUUACUUGGUGUGGCUGAAACACUAGUAAAUCCAGCCUUAUCUGUACUAUCAUACACAUUUGUUCCAAGUACCAUCAGAGGAACCUCUAUGAAUUUUUUGUCACUGUUCAAUGGAUUUGGUUGUUUCAUGGGAGCAGUGCUGGUGGAGUUGGUGUAUUUCAUAUCAGAAGGCAAUUGGUUUCCAAACACAUUAAACAAAGGCAAUUUAGAAAGCUUCUUCUUCUUCUUGGCAUCAUUAACAUUGUUGAACAUCCUGGGAUUCUGGCAUGUCACACAAAGAUGUUAUAUUCUAAAUCAUUUUAACAUCCAUAACAUCUUUGGAAGUAAUCUUGAAGAAACACUUCUUCUCCAAGAAAAGUCUCUGAAAUUGUAUGGCAGUAUUCAGGAAUUUUCUUCAAGUAAUGAUUCUUGGGAGACAGGACUAUGA